UUGUUCUCUUAGAGAGGAAAGACGUGACGGCAGCAGUCCUUCCAGCCUCUCCGCCUCGCCGGACGCAGCCGAGCGUUCACUCGCUGCCGUUUGCUCGCUCGUUACUGAACAGAAGUUCAUGUUGCCUUCAGAACUGAGAACGCCUGUCUGCUGAUAAUCACAACCCGCCUGGAUCCUUCUUCAUGUUCCCAGUGCUUCUUUUUAACAGCAGAUAGCGCCGCAGCAUGUCGUGUUAGAGCGUUUGGACUCGGAGGAGAACACCGAUGGGAACAACCGGCGCAGCCUGAAAGACAUUCUCUACUUUUUUCCACUGAUUUUCUCUUUUUACUAAGUGAGGAAGACGCCGGGUUGGUGGAUUCAUCCCCCCAUAACUCCCCAUUACCCCCCUUUGGAUGUGACACUUUGAGCCAUGCUGCUGCUGCUGCUGCUGCUCUGCCUGCAAACCUCACAGCAAGAACAGACUCCUCCUGGUCGGUGUGACAUCUCAGACAGGUUGGACGUUCACACCUCCUGCUCUUCUUGUGCCGCCAUCAACAGGUGCCCCCCCGGCUUCCGCAGCGCGGGCACCGCCAACUGCAGUUACGUGGUGGAGAUCGGCGGCAGGGAGGUGGUGUUGGAUGGAUGUCAGCACGUCUGUACGAAGGGGUUCAUGAAGCCACAAUGCUGCCCACAGCACUGGGGACCUCUUUGUCUCUCCUGUCCCAGCUGGUCGGGGAAGCCCUGCAGCUUCCAUGGAACCUGUGUGGACGGAGACGUCGGCAACGGGACCUGCGUCUGUGACGACGGCUUCUCCGGCUUCGCCUGUCAGGAGUGUCGAGAUCACAACAGAUUUGGAGAAAAGUGCGAUAAAGUGUGUGACUGUGCACACGGUGUGUGCAGUAACGGCCCAGAAGGCGAUGGACAGUGUUUGUGUCAGCCGCCCUACAGCGGGACGCGCUGUGACCAAGUGAGCACCAGGUGCAGCAGCUGCAGCCCGAACUCGUACUGCAGAGGAGACGCAGACGCCGCCGGCUGCGAAUGUUUGCCCGGCUACAGGAGGACGGCCGCCGGCAAAUGCGCAAGUAUUUGCGCAGCGAGGGAUUGCGACGUAAAUGCCCAGUGCUCCUCACAGGGGUCAAGGGUCACCUGCGCCUGCAAGCCGGACUACCUGGGCGACGGCAGGGUCUGCGUACCCAGAAACCCUUGCUCCGAGAACAACGGAGGGUGUCCCGUCAACUCAACCGUCUGUGUCUUCAAAGGACCCAACGAGUCCCAGUGCCGGUGCAUGUUUGGCAUGUCCCCCGUAGGGGGCAGCGCCGCCUUCGGCUGCGAGCUGGUCUCCGCCUGCUCAGCGGACACCUGCGACGCCACAGCCGUGUGUCACACUGAGGCGGACGGGCAGCACAGGUGUGUGUGUGAGGCGGGCCAGAUUGGUGACGGACACCGUUGCUACGGCAACCUGAUGGAGCGCCUGAUAGAGCUGGACAGGAGUGGAAGCCAGAGAGAAAGUCUGACCGGAUCCGUCGCCAUGUUCGAGAAAGGCUGUUCGCUGCUGCUGAGCCACAUGGGGCCCUUCACCGCCUUCGUCCCCGUGAUGAAGACCCCUCUGAGUGGCGUCAAUGACGAGCAGAUGUGUAAAAACCACCUGAUCCUGGGUCAGCACCUCUUCAGCGAUCUGGAGGGACGAGACGUAAACCUGGUCGGAGGAGCCAAGUGGAGGAGCAAAGGCAACAAGAGGUUCAUCCUGAUGGAUAACCCCAGCAGGCCGUACACCGUCAUCCAGGAAGACCUGCCAGCGGCCAAUGGGAUCAUCCACGUCAUCGACCGGCCAAUCACAACCACCCUCUCUGACAGGUCUACUCGAGACGAACAGUUUGCUGAUAAGACGAUCAGAGAGAUUCUGACCAAGGAUCCGAAAUACAACCGCUUCCUGUCGCUGGUGGAUAACUGCGGGUCGCCGCCCCCCUUCCGAGGUCCCGGUCCCCUGACGGUGUUCGUCCCCACCAACGAGGCUGUGGACAAAUCCAGAGACGGCAGCAUCUUGUACAUGCUGCACGAAGCCAAAUAUAAACUUCAGGAGCUUCUGAGACACCACGUUUUCUCCCAUGCUGUGCUGACGGUCGACGAGUUAGCUGCUCUCCCGCAGAUCCAGACGAUGGCCAAUCAGAUUGUCUCCAUCAGCGUGUCCAAUGACGGUGAGAUCCUACUGGGUGAAAAGGGCGUCCGUCUGGCGAGCACCAACAUCGUGGCGUCCAACGGGAUCAUCCACAUGAUUGACGGGCUUCUGUACCCGCCCUCCAUCCUCCCCAUCCUGCCCCACCGCUGUGACGUCAUCAACAGCGAAGUCAUCGUGGGUCCGUGUGUUCAGUGCAGUUACCUCUAUGACACCAAAUGUCCAGACGGCACCACUGAAAUGGACAGACAUCAGGUCGGCUGUGAUUACGUCACGUCUCCCCUCAGGCCCACGCUCAGUCGAGGCUGCGCCAAAUUUUGCAACGCAACCAAAAGGGUACCACAGUGCUGUGAAGGUUUCUAUGGUCCGGACUGUAAGCCGUGUAUCGGAGGAUUCCAGCAUCCCUGCUACGACAAAGGAACGUGUUUUGACGGGAUGGAAGGGGAAGGCUCGUGCAGCUGUUAAAAGGGGGUCACGGGGUUCGCCUGCCACAUCUGUGUGGAUCCAUCCCAGCAUGGAGAAAAAUGUGAUGAAGUGUGUCGCUGCAUGCACGGCGUGUGUGACAACCGUCCAGGCAGCGGCGGCGUGUGUCGGAGAGGAUCCUGUGCGGAAGGGUUCUCCGGAGAAAACUGUGACAAGGCGGCGACGCCGUGCAACUCUGACGGACUGGAGGCGCACUGCCACGUGCACGCGUACUGCACGCACAGCGGGCUGCAGACCACGUGUUUGUGCAGAGAUGGAUACGACGGUGACGGUCACUCCUGUUCUGCCAUCAACCCCUGCCUGAAGAGCGGCCGCGGAGGCUGCCACCUCAACGCGGAGUGCGUGUACGUGGCUCCCGGUAACGCCUCGUGCGUGUGCAUGGAGGGCUGGACCGGCGACGGCAGAGUGUGCGUGGAGCUCAACAACUGUCAGCUGGAGGGGAGGGGGGGCUGCAGCCCCAACGCCGACUGCAACCACAUCGGACCCGGACAGAGUGAGUGCGUCUGUAAGACGGGCUACAUGGGUGACGGUGUUGUGUGUGACCUCGUUAACCCGUGCAUGAAGAAGAACGGAGGCUGCCAUGACAUGGCAAAGUGUCAGCCCUCUGAAGGGGGCGGGACUCACACCUGCACCUGUCCCGACGGCUUUGCCGGAGACGGGACCAUCUGCUUCGGGUCGAUCCUGCAGGAGCUGGACAUGAACAUCAACCUGUUCUUGUUCUACCGACUCACUCAGAUGUACAGUCACCUCUCUGCUGACCUGAGUGGGAACAUCACGGUGUUUGUCCCGUCCAAUAAAGCUGUGAGGAACAUGACUUCAGCUCCGGACAAGUUCUGGACCGGCAGACACCACCUGCCUCACUUCCUGCGAGCCCACAUCCUGCCGGGGAUCUACUCCGUGGAAGACCUGGUCUCAAUGGCGGGCCGCAAGCUGGCCACCCUGGACCCCUCGACCUCCUGGGAGGUCAGCAACAGCAGCGGGGUGGUCCGCAUUGGAAACUCGUCCAUCCAAAAACCCAACCUGCCUGCGAUCAAUGGCUACAUCCACGCCGUCGACCAGAUUCUGGCUCCAUCCCGCUCAGACCUCCCCCCCGAGCCCCCCACCCUGAUGGCCUUCCUCAACUCCUCCACCUUCACUCUGUUUGCAAAGCACGCUCUGAUGUACAAUCUGUCAGCUGAUCUCAGCGGGUUGGAUUUCACGCUCCUGCUGCCAACAGACGAGGCCAUCAGGCAGCACCUCAGCACCACUAACUCCUCCCUCCUGGACGCCGAUGUGUUCAAGUACCACGUGAUUCUCAACGAGCUGCUCUUCCCCGACCACCUGUCGGACGGCGCGCUGAAGAGCACGCUGCUGGGCGCCGAUUACCAGGUCCAGUUCCACUUGAACCACAACAACCAGACGGCGGUGAACGAAGUUCCCCUCGAUGGCGGCGUGACGGAGACGCAGCGCGGCGUCAUCCUCGUGCUGCCGCAGGUCCUGAUGAUCCACCGCAACCGAUGCAGCCAGGAGGUCAACCUGCAGGUCCAGGGAAGAUGCGCAGCCUGCGAGGGACCACCUCGGUGCCUUUUUAACUACAAACCAAUCAAAAAGCAGUUUCCGGACAACAUGAAAUCCAACUGUAAAUACAGGAAGCGGGUCGGAUCCCGCAGGGUGUCGGUGCCGGGCUGUGUCAUCAAAUGUCUUCGGUUAACCAAGGAUCACUCCUGUUGCCCCGGUUACUACGGCCACGAGUGCUUCAAAUGCCCGGGAGGCAUCGGCAGCUGGUGCUCCAAUCACGGGGAGUGUCAGGACGGUAACCUUGGCAACGGGGAGUGCCGCUGCUUUGAGGGUUUCCACGGCACGGCGUGCGAGGACUGUGAGCCAGGACGAUACGGAGCCACCUGCUCCUCCAAGUGUGCGUGUGACCACGGGAAGUGUGAGGACGGCCUGGCAGGAAGUGGCAGGUGUGUGUGUUACAAAGGUUGGAGAGGAUCUUCCUGCUCUAUCGAGAUCAAGGACGACGCCUGUGGAGGCGGAUGUGACGAGAACGGCAACUGUGUAACGGGACCGAAGGGUACAGCCGCUGCCUGUGUGUGUGUGGCUGGAUACGAAGGCAACGGAACUUACUGCACUGAGCUGGAUUUGUGCAGCAGGUCCAACGGCGGAUGUUCAGAAUUUGCCGUUUGCCUGAAGGUCUCGGCAGGGGAGAGGACCUGUACGUGUGGAGAGGGGUACACUGGAGACGGGGUCGUCUGCCUGGAGAUCGACGGAUGUCUGGUUCAAAAUGGAGGCUGCCACGAGUCAGCCGACUGCAUCCGAACGGGCCCCAACACGACGGCCUGCAAUUGUCAGACGGGCUUUCAAGGCUCGGGGAGGUUCUGUUACCCCGUCAACCCCUGCCACAGAAAAAACGGCGGCUGCAGCCUUUACGCUCGCUGCGAGUACCUGGGUCACGGCCAGAGGAACUGCAGCUGCCUCCGAGGCCACGUGGGCGACGGCUUUGACUGCCGGGGAACCACCAACAACGAGGUGUUCCGCCAACCAGAGAAUUCCUUCUUCCGUCAAAUGGUGUCGAAAUCCAACUCUCGUGUUCUUUAUGGCGACGGACCGUUCACGGCCUUCAUCCCGCUGGAGGAAACAAACAGGAACUUCUCUUUUGAGGAAUGGGACCAAUCCGGUCGUCUCUCUGAACUGGUUCGUUACCACAUCCUUUCCUGUGAGACUUUGACCUUGAGUGACCUCAAAACCACCAAAGUCGCUGUCGCUACGUCAGGACACACACUGCACUUCAGCCUGCGGGAGGGUUCGGUCUGGGUCAACAACGGGACGAGGAUCGUGAGGAGUGAUUACGUCACUUCUAACGGCGUCAUUCACCACUUGGACGCGCUGCUGACGCCCUACAGGCUGCAGGACAAACCCAGGCUGCCGGCUGACUCGAUGAACUAUACGUCAGCAGCUGCGUUUUAUGGCUACAGCCGCUUCUACCAACUCGUGCAGGACGUGGGGUUGAUUCCCGUGCUGCAGAUGUCCAUCCAUCAGCCCCUCACCAUGUUCUGGCCCACGGACGAGGCCCUCGACUCGCUGCCGGCUGCAAGGAAGCACUGGCUCUCCAGCCCCGACCACCAGGAGCAGGUUGCCUCGCUGGUGAAGGCUCACAUCAUACGCAACUCCAGGGUGCUGGGUAUCGGUCAGCCGGACAAAAUCUCAAAGCUGCGCAGCAUGCACGGAUCCACCAUCAAGUACAGCUGUGACCGGACCCUGGUGGGGGCUGUAUUGAUUAACGACAACGCAGCCAAGGUGGUGGAGCGCUACAUGAACUUCAAGGAGGGCGUGGCCUACGGCAUCGACCAGCUCCUGGAACCACCGGGCCUGGGAGCGUUCUGCGACAGCCCGGAGAACAGAACCACCAGCGGUCGCUGUGGACGCUGCCCCUUCCCCCCGGCCUGUCCCUUCAGACACCUGGACACGGGAAAGACGGAGCUUUGUUAUAACAGGUUCUCCUCGUUUGGGCGCCGCUACCCACCUUGGUACCUCAUCAAUGAUCAUACCAGAAUGAUGGGCUGUAAGAAAACAUGUCAGUUUUCUUCCUGGGUCCAGAAGUGCUGUAAGAACCACUACGGUCGAGACUGUCAAGUGUGUCCAGGUGGCCUGGAGGCCCCAUGCGGUGACCAUGGUGUCUGCGACGACGGAAUGAAGGGUUCGGGUCGCUGUCUGUGCCACGAGGGCUUCGUGGGCAAAGCCUGCAACCUGUGCUCCCUCAGGCACUACGGACCCAACUGCACAGCCUGUGAGUGCGGGCAGAUGGGGAGGUGUGACGGAGGCAUGGAGGGUUCUGGAAAGUGUGUGUGUGCGCCGGGCUGGGGGGGGGAGCGCUGCCAGAUCGACAUAGGCUCGAUCCCGGAGGAGUGCCGGCGGUGCCACGCUCAGGCCGACUGUGUGCCGGGCUCCGGUUGUCGGUGCAAACCCGGCUUCCAGGGGAACGGCACCUUCUGCGACCCAGAGCCACCUCCAGACCUCUGCUCCGAAUACAACGGCGGCUGUCACCAGAACGCAGACUGCAACCAGACGGGGCUGCUCGUCAACUGCACCUGUCGCCGUGGUUACAGAGGAGACGGAUACUCCUGCGAGCCCAUCAACAGGUGUAUUGAGGAGCAGAACGGCGGCUGCAGUGAUUUUGCCUCCUGCAAGUUUACUGGUCCAAACGAGCGUCGGUGCGAGUGCCUGCCGGGGUACUUGGGAAAUGGAGUCCAGUGUCUGGAGAAGGUGGUGCCCCCCGUUGACCGCUGCCUGGAAGACAACGGAGGCUGCGACCCCGCGGCCGACUGCAAGGACCUGCAUUACCACGCCAACACGGCAGGAGUCUUCCACCUGCGCUCUCCAGACGGCAAGUACAAGAUGAACUUCAGUCAGGCCGACGCCGCCUGCCGGGCCGAGGGCGCCGCGCUGGCCACCUUCAAACAGCUGGGAGACGCACAGCAGCUGGGGAUGCAUCUGUGCGUGGCCGGCUGGAUGGAGGCCGGGAAGGUGGGGUACCCGAUCCGCUUCCCCUCCGUCAGGUGCGGCGACAACCACGUGGGCCUGGUGAUCUACAAAGAACCCGUGGACCAGAGCAGCAAGUACGACGCCUACUGCUACCGGCUCAAAGAUGUUUCCUGCGUGUGUCCCGCCGGUUACAUUGGAAACGGAGAUUUCUGUAACGGCGUGCUGACCAGCGUCCUCGCGUCCUACAGCAACUUCUCCAUCUUUUACAAGUGUUUGCUGGACUACAGCGGCUGGUCCUCAGAAGGAAAACAGCUGGUCGACUUUAUGUCUCACAGGAAGUCCGAGGUCACGCUGUUUGUUCCUCACAACGCCGGCUUCGGUCCGAACCAGACUCUGUCUGGUAGAGAUCUUGAGUAUCACAUCUCAAACAAUCACAGCGUUCGACCAUUCAAGGAGCUGAGACACCAGGAAGUCAUCGUCUCCAGGCUCGGGUUCAACCUGACUGUUACCCACGGCAACAACGAGAGCAUCAAGAUGGUGAACCGCCAGAUGCUGCUGGAGUGGGACAUUCCUGCUGUGAACGGGAUCAUCCACGUCAUCGAGGCCCCGCUGACAGCGCCUCCCCCGCCGAUCCCUCAUCAUGCAUCACGAGCCCACGCCCACUCCAGCGGCACAGUGUCGGCCAUCUUGGUGUCGGUGCUGCUGGCGUGCAUAUUGGCCGCCCUCGGCUACUACGUCUUCAAACACAAGACGGACGCCUUCCGCUUCCACUACUUUAGGGACGAGGACGAGGACGGCUCGCCGGGCGGCAGCAAGAAGCCAACGUUGGUCUCCAUCCCCAACCCUCUGUACAGCGGCUCCAGAGCCUUCAGCGAGCCGUUUGGGGAGGCCGGUCAGGGGCUGGAACCAGUAGAACCAGCAGAACCUGAAGAACCUCCAAAGAUUCUGGACCUGGACGAGUAGAACCAGCACAGCUGGAGCCGUCUGUUUACAUACUACAAUAACCUGUUGGCUUUAAUGUGGUUCAGCUUUUCUCAGAUCAUCUGUAUAGACAUAAGAAAUAAAAGUCAGAUAAAUGAA